GGCCGUGAUGAUAUUAACAAACGACCAGCUGCACAACUGAAUUCGCUUUUCCUUUUAUCGUCAACAUGAGUACAAAAGCAUCAGACCAUGGUUGUCUUCCUCUGUCCUCGCUCCGGCUGAUUGUGUCUCCUCUGCAGCUCAUGUGUGCAGCUUUGUGGGACAUUGUGAAGCAGGGAGCUGUGAUGUAUUACGGUUUAUUGGAGGACUUUUUUAGCACGGUGUUGGAAGCGGAGCCAGAGCUGCUCGCUGACACUGAGAAAGUCCAGCUCCUUAUGGGCCUGCGUGCCAGAGUGGUGGUGGAGUUGUGCCGCAGUAAUGAGUUCAUCAGGUCAGAGACCAUCGAGCCUCAUUUAGCCAGAAUGAAUGCCUACGUUAGUGCACAGGAUAAGGAGGCUUCCAGUUCUGAGGUGACGGCAACAAUAGUGAACUUCUUAAAGCUUGUUCACACUCUCUUGGAUGAUCCAUGUCAGAGGUAUAUGUUUUAUGAGAAAAUGUUCCCCUCACUAUUUGGCCCCAAAUAUGACUCGGCCCUGCAGGCUCUAACAAAGAAAUUUGUCUUCAAUCUGCAGCAUCUGUUACCAGUUCCCGACCUUGAACAAACUCGCCUUUGGCUCAGUCUCUCUCCUUCCAUCUUGAAGGAGUGCGUGGAGUUGACUAAUCAGCCUGAGCUGCUGAAAAAAAUUAUCCAUCAUCACAAGUGUCACAGGCAUGAAGUUUCUCAAGCUCUAUCUGACCCUGAUGACGACUGCAUCCUUUCAAGCCUGUCCUAUACUCUUCCAAACGUAGACGACAGCAAAGACACAGUUGUCGUAUCUGUGUCUGUCCCUGAAGAUGCGCACAGAGGUAACUCAUUGGAAAGUGGGACAGGUGUGGAAGGAGGACACUUUGAAGAGGUCCAUCCAGAAAUUCCAAAAAAGGAAGACUGUGGAAAGCAAAAUGUUGAUCCAAUGGAAGAUCAGGGAGCCUCUGUCGAAGUAAUACUUCCUCCUGAUGAGAGUGAUUCCUACCCUUUGGAAAGUGGUAGUAAGUCAUCCCCGAAAGGAUUCAAGCAUCUCUUUGGUGGCCAGAAUUUAGAUUGCCUUAACAAAUUAAAGAAGCACAAGGUGUUUGAAAAAGAGUGCUCGAUGAAGAGACUGAACAGACGAGAUUGCACCAACCAAAGUAGCUUUUUCGAGAGGAUAAAUCUGCACCCUAAAACACAGACUACCACAGAGGCAGUUUGUAGCCGAAGUGACAAUGACAUCCCAUCUUUGGCAAAUACCUCCACUGAUAAUAUCUCAUCUGAGGUUCAUAAAAACCUGGACCAGUCUAAUGAUGACAGUCUUGUUUGCUCCCUUUGUGGCAAAGUUUACACCUACCAAAAGAAUUUCGACAAACACCAGAAGACUUGUGCGGCUAGUAGCAAAGGAAGGAAGUGGGCAGACUCCCAUUCUUCCAUGAGCUUACCCCAACAGUCCAAUCCAGGACCUGUUGAGAUGACAAAAGAGUCUCUUCUCUUCUUCUCAAAUGAAGCUGAUUCAUAUGAUUCAUCGGAAAAAAUGUCUAAAAAAAGCAGCCGUCUUAAAACAUGUUCUGCGUGCGGUCAAACUUUUACUUGUGCCAGUGACUUGACAAGUCACACAAGAACUCACACUGAGCCAAGUGCUUUCAUUUGUCCUUGUGGAAACAACUUUUCCCACUACGAAGACUGCAAGAGACACCAGGAAAGCAAGUGCAAGGCUUUUGAACAUCGACACGCAAACAAAGAAUUACCUCAGGAGAAUGUUUCAGAUGUCGCAAACAAACGGAGCGAGGAGACUUUGGCCUCUUCGAGCGCUGCAGAAUGGUCUCCAUCAAACCCAGAUGCGCCUCUGAACUCUCAACGUGUGCAUGUUCAUAAAUCACCUCUAACAUGUCAGCAGUGUGGCCAGAGCUUCAUUUACAGCAAAAGCUUUGAGAAGCAUCGGAGUAAAUGUUCCCAAAACCUUAUUCACAGAAGGCGAACUAACAAUUACAGGCACGUUAUAAAAGACUCCAAAUGUUUUAUCGUUGGGUGUGAUUUCAGAACCAGCGACAAUACGCAUGAGAACACUCCUGAGACGAAGGAAGGCAAAACCGCAAUCUCUGCAGGCUGCACCAGCGACAGCAGAAAACUUGACGUCAUUAAGUGCACGAUGUGUAAAAAGAACAUCUCGGGACUCAUGAAGCUGAAAAAGCACUAUUUUCGGGCACAUGAAAUUCGAGGCUCGUACCCGUGUUCUCUAUGCAACACGGCAUUCGUGAAGUUGUCGGAAUUGAUCCGACAUCAGCAGAACAAAAAUCUGUACCAGUGCACCACCUGUAAGAAGUGUUUCACAAAACCGCGGCGCCUAUUUCAGCAUGAAAAAAGUCACACCACCACUGUACCGCCAUGCACCUGCGAAACGUGUGGACAGAGUUUUAGAUCUCUCCCGUAUCUGAUUUUACAUCAGCGCAAGCAUAAACAACAAGCGUCUGGUACUCAGAGCGGACCCAGUGAUUGUUCCUACUGUGGCAAACAGUUCAGCAGUCUUCAGUGCCUGAAAGCGCACAUGGUGAGGCACACGGGCGGAUACCCGUGUCAGAUCUGUGGGCAGAAAUUCUACCAAAAAACAUACCUUAAAUGGCAUCUGUAUAAGCACGCGGGACAGGAUCCAUACCUGUGUGACACAUGUGGGAAAGGUUGGCCCAGCGCGGCCCAGCUCAAAGUUCAUAUGGUUAAACAUUCAGAAGAAAGGCCAUAUAAGUGUGAAGACUGCGGCGUGUCUUACAAGCGCCAAUCACACGUGUUGGCGCACCGUAGAGCUAAGCAUAUCGGCUUGCGCCCAUUUGUGUGUGAAGUUUGCAACAAAGCCUACAGGUUAAAUGGCGAGCUGAAGAGACACAUGAUGGUGCACACAGGAGAAAGGCCUUUUUCUUGUCCCAUAUGCAGCAAAACCUUUACAAGGAAAUCUCGUCUUCAGGAACACAGAGAGAAGGCUUGUUUGAACUAGCAGAGCCUGAAGACAAUUUUAGUAGCAUUUAAGGUGACUAAACACUUACAAUCCAGCCUCUGUAUACUAUGGCUCAUACAAAAAUGCGUGGUAGCCAUCCCAGGGUGGCAGCUAUAGCCAGGCAGGGGUCAAAAUUUAAAAUGUUCCAAUCAUAUUGCGAAAUAUACCACUUUGUCGAUCAUAAAGAUGAAUGUUAUGGGGUAAAAAACACAAAAAAGGUGAGGGGUCCAUUUCAGUAUGUACAGGGGUCAAAAGUCAAAGCUGCUCCAAUUUUGGUUAAACAUGAUAUGAAUUAUUGGUUUCGCCAAUAGGAUUAAUAAAUUGAAUAGUUUUGACCAUGUUAAAUGCUUGGGCUCCAAAGUAAAGAUCAAACAAGGUCAACAACCAUUAUGACUAUGAUGUGUGUUAUUACUUAAUGUGAUAGUAUAAUAGGUAGUGCAGACUAUGUCUUUUUUAAAACCCUGUGAAGUCAAGCAGUUUGAUUUUUAACUUUUGUCCCCUCUACAAACUCUUGUUUUUAGCCUGUAAUUCCAUAACAUUCAAUCAUAGAUAGUCCAAACUAUACCUUUUUGGAAUCUUUUUGUUCAGACAAAUAAUGUGGUAUUGUUUUCAAUAUGAUUUGAGCAUUUUUAUAUGUUAUCUUCUGUUUUAUCCCUCACUGAUUCCUACCUGGUUAUAUUUGCCACCAUUCAUUUUUAUGAAGGCCAUUGUAUACAGAGGUUUGAUUAUAUAUGGUGUUUAGUCCCCUUAUAUUAAGUAGUAAAGAAAACCUGUAUGGUCCAUGGACUAUACCAUGUUGG